UGACUCCCACAAUUGGGAUACUGUCAUCGAUGGGUAUAGACUCUUUAGGAGAGAUAGGCGAGGUAGGAGGGGUGGGGGAGUUGCUCUCUAUGUCAGAGAUUGGAUAAACUGUGAGGAGCUCCCUACGAGAAGCAGUCAGGAACAGGUUGAGAGCCUGUGGGUUAGGAUUAGAGAUGGGACAAAUAUAGGUCAGCUGGUGUUAGGGGUAUACUACAGACCACCUGAUCAAGGGGAGGCUGUUGACGAGGCUUUCUUGCUCCAGAUGCGUGAGAUGUCUGGCUCACGGGCUCUUGUCCUGGUGGGGGACUUCAACCAUCCGGACAUCUGCUGGGAAAACCACACGGCGAGCUGCAAGAGCUCCAGAAGGCUCUUGGAAUCCAUUGACGAUAGCUUUCUGGUUCAGGUAUUGGACAGACCGACCAGAGGUGAAGCGUUGCUGGACCUGCUGCUCACCAACGCUGAGGAGAUCAUCAAAGGCGUCAAGGUUGGAGGCUGCCUGGGCUCCAGCGACCACGCCCUGGUUGAGUUUGUGAUCUCAAGCGAUGUGGGCCUGGCAAAGAGCAGGACCAGGACACUGAACUUCAGAAGAGCAGACUUCAAGUUACUCAAUGGAUUGCUGGCCAAGAUCCCCUGGCGCGCUGCCCUCAAAGACAAGGAUGUUGAGGAGAGCUGGCAGCUCUUCAAAGAUGCCCUCCUGGAAGCACAAGAGGUCUCCAUUCCUCUGAAUAAGAAAGUGGGCAGGCGAGGUAGGAAACCGGCAUGGCUCAGCAAGGACCUGCUGAGAGAACUGAGGGCGAAGAAAGGGGUGUACAAGCUCUGGAAACAAGGCUGUGUCACCUGGGAAGAGUACAGGGAUGCCGUCCGGACUUGCAGACGUGGGAUCAGGGAAGCCAAGGCGCAGACAGAACUGAACUUGGCAAGGGACGUGAAAAACAAUAAGAAAACCUUCUACAGGUACGCCCGUUUUGGCCUGUCUCUUCUGGGCAAUGUACCUGUAGAAGGUUUUCUUAUUGUUUUUCACGUCCCUUGCCAAGUUCAGUUCUGCCUGCGCCUUGGCUUCCCUGAUCCCACGUCUGCAAGUCCGGACGGCAUUCCUGUACUCUUCCCAGGUGACACAGCCUUGUUUCCAGAGCUUGUACACCCCUUUCUUCGCCCUCAGUUCUCUCAGCAGGUCCUUGCUGAGCCAUGCCGGUUUCCUACCUCACCUGCCCACUUUCUUAUUCAGAGGAAUGGAGACCUCUUGUGCUUCCAGGAGGGCAUCUUUGAAGAGCUGCCAGCUCUCCUCAACAUCCUUGUCUUUGAGGGCAGCGCGCCAGGGGAUCUUGUUUAA